ACCGACUGCGUGCGGAAGAGUUCUUUUCCGGUUGCUUCUUCCAUUGUCUUGUCCCAACUCCAUCUCCGCCGCUGCAAACCCGUGCUGCGUUUUCACCACAUAAAUGCGCGAACAUCAAACUCAACUCAAAUGGGGGAAAAAAUUGAAUUUAGAAGAACAGUUGCGAAGUGAUAAUCCCUUCGCCUCCAUGGCCUUGCUCAAGCCUGCUCUCCCUGCACCUCCCCCGCUCUGCUGCUGUUCGCACGCCUUCCUCUUCCCAAGGUUCAGGAAACUGCCUCCAAGAAUCUCAAAUGGGUCUUGCUCCGCGGCGGGACCGUCGGUGCGGACCGAGUUCGUGGGGAAAAGCGGGGCCUUGCCUUGGAGAACGGCGGGGCGACAGCGGCUGCGACUUGGCGCCGCCGGGGCCGGGAGAGGCCCCUUCUUUGGCGGCGGCGGGAGGCGCAUGGACAACGGCAUGAGUCGGGUCGUGGGGAACCUCGCUUUCGCCGCCGUCCUGACGUACCUCGCCGUGACAGGCCAGCUCCGCUGGGUUCUUGACGCCAUCGUCUCCCUCUGGCUCCUCAUGAUACUGCUGCCUAUUCUGGCUCUGGGCGCAUUUUUCUUCUUUGCAGGACAAGAUAUACUCCAGGGCGAUUGUCCAAACUGUGGAAAAAGCUUCCAGAUAUUGAAGUCAGCUUUAAAAGAUGGACCACAACUCUGUCCUUAUUGUACUCAGCCUUUCUCUGUUCAGGGCAACAAAUUUGUUAGAGAAUCUGCUAGAUUUUCAUCUGGAAGGGGUGCUACUGCUACAAAUAGAGAAGUGUUCAAUGAGUUCUUCAAUCGUGGCAUGAGAGGAAUGGCCCCUUCUGGAACAAUCGUGGACGUCGAGGCUGAAGUCAAGGAUGUCGAAUGAUAUCUCCGCAAGGUCCAACACAAUAUCAACAGUCAUCAAUAUCGGUUCUUCUGCUCUUCAGUUGAAUGCCAGUUUUGCCGCAGUCUAUACAAGUCCGUAGCUGCAGCCUCAUCAUAUAUGUUUAAAGCAAAGAUUGUGUCCCUAUGUCAGAACUCAGAAGAAGCUGAAACUGGGUGGGCAUCUUUUGGCUAGUGUUUAUAGAUUGACAAUGCAUAUAGUAGCUGGGUAGCGUGACCGGAACAGAUGAGUUGUGCGGAAACCGGAACAGGAGUAGGCACAUGGUACGUUUAGUGUUUUGUGUGUACAUGAUAAAUUGUAACGUGAGUGGUGGUGUAGGUGAAAUUGUCGUAGAUUGCUUUGUCUGUAAGAGACUUACAGUGCCACGGACCUGAAAUUGCAGGCUCUCCAAAAAUGACUUUCGUUUGAGGGAGAUCCUCCCCAUUCCUCCUUUUUAA